UCAUCAUCGCCUCUUGAUUUUUCAGUCCUCUUCCCUCACUUCACAAAACUACCUCUUUUUUUCUUUACGUGUUUUUUCAAGUUUCAUGUGUGCGGCUGCUCGUGAGACCGAUUCUUUUGGUCAGAUGAUGAAAAUGGAGGUCAUGGACCGGAGAUUCAAUCGGCACAUGCCUAGUGAAGGCAGGGAAACCGCCAGCUUGCAACGGAAGCUAGCAAAGCCGAGACGUGUUGGCCAAACUGCCACUCAAAUGCCGGACCUAACUGAUUUUAUGAAUGAUGCCUUCUUUGGAACGGUAAAUGGUGGUGAUCAAAAGAUAGCGUACAACCUAAAUGGUGGUGGUAGGCGCGUGCUCCGUUAUCAUGAUGAAGAUGAUUUUGACUCGAGCACUAGGAGCGUUAGCAGUAAGCAAACUCAGGAGUGGUUGGAGGAGGCCAAGCGAAUGGUGGCGUCCUCUCCUUCGAGGGGGGGUGAUUCGCCCUCUAGGCUUGUCGGGUCACCGAGGUUUGGCAUGUCUCAAGGCCGAUUUUCAACUUCGUCCCUUGAUAAGAGAGAUCCACUUUCUAGGUCUGCUAGAAGGAACAGGGGAAUGGAAGGGUUGAGUGGGGAAAUCCUAUCAAAAACAGCAAUUCAUACCCGCAAUAGAUCCGAGACCAAUUUGGACCCUCCACAAGCAGAUGGAUCCCCUGCAUCAGAACUCCACAAAUGGUUAUCAUUGUACGGCCAUGAUCCCACCAAUUUCCCUGACCCCUCACCACCAAGCCCCACAAGCCAUCUGUCGGGCCCACCCCUCCCGCCCCGCCAAUCAAUGCACCGCAAGUCCCGCUUCCAAAUUGACCCCAAUCCACCCUCGCCGCACCCUAUCCCAACCCCAACUAACCUUCCCGCCAUUAAACAGAAUUUCAAAAACACUAGUACUAGUCCAAACAACAAUGAUGCACCAACGGCAACCUCGUUCACAAACUUGCUCUCCCCACCGAAAAAUCUUGUACACUCAGCUCACCAACGGUCGCGAUCAUUGAGUACGUGCCCAGUGCCGGAGGGCGAGGUCUUAUCGCCACCCCGCAACUUGGUGGAGUCGGUCCACCGACGGUCCAUAUCUUCAUCAACGUGCAGAGUGGACAGGAUCUUGCAGAAGGAUAAUAAUACCGAUGAUGGGCAGUUGAAAAAUGGAGAUUCUAUGGGAGAAGAGUUAAAUAUGUUCUUGAAAGAACAAAGGGCCAAAAUUGAGAAGCUUUUGAGUGGAGAAAUCUAUGGAAAAGCCAAGAUUGUGCUCUCCGGACCCUCAAACAGUACAAGUUCAAUGGUGGCAGCGACAUGUUACGCGUGGUUGCUCGAAAACAGAAUGAGAGGUAACAAGAAGGAUGGAGGUCGGAACGACAACAAUUUGGAGUUUGUCGUGCCUGUGAUGAACAUGAGGAGAGGGAAAAUGUGGAAACAACGACAAGCGGCUUGGCUCUUCCACCACGCCGGCCUUGGUGCUACUUCUCUGCUCUUCUCCAAUGAGGUUGACUUGGAGACGCUAAUGAUGGAAAAGCAGUUGAGCUUGCUCGUAGUCGGGGAAGACAUCCUUAAAACCAAUGGCGAGGUGGGAUCGCCCUGUACCGUUCUCACCGAUAACUAUUGUGAGGACGCGUACGACCUGCUUCAGAACCCGAUCUUGAAGAAACUUCUGCUAGCAGGUAUUCUGCUGGACACACAAAAUUUAAGUACAUCUCCCAAAUUGUCGAUGACUAGAGAUGCAGAGGCAGUUCAGCUGCUCUCCGUUGGCUCCACCCCCAACUAUAGGAACACACUCUAUGAUCAGCUGGUGCAAGAUCAGAGAGGUGACAAGUUCUUUGACGUUCUGCUUCAGACUUACGGGAAACCUCCUAGCGAUAUUAACUGGGACAGUGAGCAUAGAGUCCCUGAGAAGAUUAAGUCCGAGAAAGUGAUUGCAGGAAGCGAUGACAAGAAGCAAAACAACACAAAUGAUGUAAGAACAAAGAAGGCUUCACCUGUUCCAGGUAAACCAACACCAUCUCCUGUCCCGGCAAAAUCAAAUGUCGACACAUCUCGUGGAAAGAAACAAAACUUUUUUGCAAAAUUGUUCGGAUUUGGAUCAAAAUAAUGACAAAGAAAUGUGUGGAGAUAUUUAUUUUUAUGGCAUCAUCAACUUCUUUGAGGUUGUAUGAUUGACAAGGUUGCCAGAACAACCCCUCCAUACACUAUUGGAGUUUUCUGUGUUUUUUUUUUUUUUUUUAAAUUUUGAAAAUGUAUUUUUUAUUAUUUGAUGUAGCAAACAAUAAUUUGAGAAAUUAGUUGUCUGCAUGUUAAUGUUUUCAUAACAGCUGGUUGCCUCUUCAAAUAAAUUUCCUGUGUCUUUCUGUCACAUAGUGCAGAAACAUAAAUUAUUGUGUGAACUUCUGAAAACUUUCAACUAUUUUCUUUGUCCUAAU